UCUCGCGAGACUUGCUACUCUGCUCCCCCCGCCCCCCACCUUGCGCCUGCGCACAUCUCUUCAAGCCAGAAGGUCGCGCUUGGAGGAAGUGUCGGCUUCAGGUCCCGUGGCCGUAGGGCCGUUACUGUUUCUGUGAAGCUCCUCUCGGCCGCUUGCCGAGACACCCCGCAGCCAAGAUGCCUCGAAUUAUGAUCAAGGGGGGCGUGUGGAGGAAUACCGAGGAUGAAAUUCUGAAAGCAGCAGUAAUGAAAUAUGGAAAAAACCAGUGGUCUAGGAUUGCCUCACUGCUGCAUAGAAAAUCAGCAAAGCAGUGCAAAGCCAGAUGGUAUGAGUGGCUAGAUCCAAGCAUUAAGAAAACAGAAUGGUCCCGAGAAGAAGAGGAAAAACUAUUGCACUUGGCCAAGUUGAUGCCAACUCAGUGGAGGACCAUUGCGCCAAUCAUUGGAAGAACAGCUGCCCAGUGCUUGGAACACUAUGAAUUUCUUUUGGAUAAAGCUGCACAAAGAGACAAUGAAGAGGAAACGACAGAUGAUCCACGAAAACUUAAACCUGGGGAAAUAGAUCCAAAUCCAGAAACAAAACCAGCACGGCCUGAUCCGAUUGAUAUGGAUGAGGAUGAACUUGAGAUGCUUUCUGAAGCUAGAGCCCGCUUGGCAAAUACUCAGGGAAAGAAAGCCAAGAGGAAAGCAAGAGAGAAACAGUUGGAAGAAGCAAGGCGUCUUGCAGCCCUCCAGAAGAGAAGAGAACUUAGAGCAGCUGGCAUAGAAAUUCAGAAGAAGAGAAAAAAGAAGAGGGGAGUUGAUUAUAAUGCCGAAAUCCCAUUUGAAAAAAAGCCUGCUCUUGGUUUCUAUGAUACUUCUGAGGAAAACUACCAGGCUCUUGAUGCAGAUUUCAGAAAAUUAAGACAACAAGAUCUUGAUGGGGAACUAAGAUCGGAAAAAGAAGGAAGAGACAGAAAAAAAGACAAACAGCAUUUAAAAAGGAAAAAAGAAUCUGAUUUGCCAUCAGCUAUUCUUCAGACUAGUGGUGUUUCUGAAUUUACUAAAAAAAGAAGCAAACUAGUACUCCCUGCCCCUCAGAUUUCAGAUGCAGAACUCCAGGAGGUUGUAAAAGUAGGCCAAGCAAGUGAAAUCGCACGUCAGACUGCUGAGGAAUCUGGCAUAACAAACUCUGCCUCCAGUACGCUUUUGUCUGAGUACAAUGUCACCAACAACAGCAUCGCUCUUAGAACACCUCGUACACCGGCUUCCCAGGACAGAAUUCUGCAGGAAGCUCAGAACCUCAUGGCCCUGACCAAUGUGGACACCCCAUUGAAAGGUGGACUUAAUACCCCUUUGCAUGAGAGCGACUUCUCAGGUGUGACUCCACAGCGGCAGGUUGUACAGACUCCAAACACAGUUCUUUCUACCCCAUUCAGGACUCCUUCUCAUGGAUCUGAAGGGUUGACUCCCCGCAGCGGGACAACUCCCAAACCAGUUAUUAACUCCACCCCGGGUAGAACUCCUCUUCGAGACAAGUUAAACAUUAAUCCUGAGGAUGGAAUGGCAGACUACAGUGAUCCCUCUUAUGUGAAGCAGAUGGAAAGAGAAUCUCGUGAGCAUCUCCGUUUAGGAUUGUUGGGCCUCCCUGCCCCUAAGAAUGACUUUGAGAUUGUUCUGCCAGAAAAUGCUGAGAAGGAGCUGGAAGACCGUGAAAUAGAUGAUACUUACAUUGAAGAUGCUGCUGAUGUGGAUGCACGAAAGCAGGCUAUACGAGAGGCAGAGCGUGUAAAGGAAAUGAAGCGAAUGCACAAAGCUGUCCAGAAAGAUCUGCCAAGGCCAUCAGAAGUAAAUGAAACUAUUCUAAGACCCUUAAAUGUAGAACCACCUCUAACAGAUUUACAAAAAAGUGAAGAACUAAUCAAAAAAGAAAUGAUCACAAUGCUUCAUUAUGACCUUCUACAUCACCCUUAUGAACCGUCUGGAAAUAAAAAAGGAAAAACUGUAGGAUUUGGUACUAAUAAUUCAGAGCACAUUGCCUAUCUGGAACAUAACCCUUAUGAAAAGUUCUCCAAAGAAGAGCUGAAAAAGGCCCAGGAUGUUUUGGUACAGGAGAUGGAAGUGGUAAAACAAGGUAUGAGCCACGGAGAACUCUCAAGUGAAGCUUAUAACCAGGUGUGGGAAGAAUGCUACAGUCAAGUUUUGUAUCUUCCUGGGCAGAGCCGCUACACACGGGCCAACUUAGCUAGCAAAAAGGACAGAAUCGAGUCACUUGAAAAGAGGCUUGAGAUAAACAGGGGUCACAUGACAACGGAAGCCAAGAGAGCUGCAAAGAUGGAAAAGAAGAUGAAAAUUUUGCUUGGGGGUUACCAGUCUCGUGCUAUGGGGCUUAUGAAGCAGUUGAAUGACUUAUGGGACCAAAUCGAGCAGGCUUACUUGGAGUUACGCACUUUUGAAGAACUCAAGAAACACGAAGAUUCUGCUAUUCCCCGGAGGCUAGAGUGUCUAAAAGAAGAUGUUCAGCGACAACAGGAAAGAGAAAAAGAACUUCAGCAUAGAUAUGCUGAUCUGCUGCUGGAGAAAGAGACUUUAAAGUCCAAAUUCUGAAGCAUAGUUUAUACUCUGUCACAGGAUGAAUUAAUUGCUGGUUUUCAUACUUUGGAAGGCUGAAACUGAUGAUUAUCUUCAUUGACAAAUUUGCCCACGAUCUGUGGUUUUUCAGUUGUUUUCUUUAAAUGAUAUCGAUCUUACACAGUCUAUGUAUAAAGACUUUAACUCCACAAAAUGUUUUAGGGUUUAAAUUAUUAAGAUGAUCAUUCUUUUAGCAGUGUCAUAUUUGCAAAAAUUUUUUUAGUUUUGGCCUUUAAUUUUAAAAGCCUGGUUUUAAAGUGCUGCCUGUGAGUAAACUCUUGAAUAAAAAGAAAAUAUAAAAAA